UGUCGGCGGCCCAACGUCAUUACCGGCGCCUCAGCACUAUUCAUGCACAACGGCGUCGUCUGUCAUUGCCCCGUGGGGCCUGUGUGCAUGCUGUGCUGUGUCUCUUGACGCAAUCUCCUGUUCGCGCCAGUGAAUCAAGCUUUGGCUAAACCUGCCCGGGGCUUUCGAAUCCCAUCCGGGAGGGGGCGGCUGCGUGUUGCAUCCGACCAGCCUCAAUGCUAGCCACCCGCUGCCAGCUCCACCACCAUCAUCGCCGCCUCUUAGUAGACUCGCCUCCCUGCGCCCGCUCAACACCCAAACUACCAGCAAUGCAUUGUAGUCGGCCUACACUAGCGGCCUCUGUGUAACCCUCAUCCAGUGCGCCCUGCCAUCCAUAGCCACUCGCACUCGCUCCAACAUGUCUGCCCAGCGGAUUGGCAUCUUUACCAUCGACUUCCCGGAUCCGCUGGUGAUCGACUACGAUAACAACCAGUUCAUCACCCUCAACGACUCUGUCUCGUUCCAGUAUCGCAUCCUCGACAACAUCCAAACCCUGUCCACCAAGGGCGUCGACAGCAACCAGGACCCCUACGGCAUUCUCUACGUACCCGAUGUCAGCACAAAUAGCUGCAGAGAACAGGAACGAUUCCACGUGCCCGAGAAUGCGACGCGGAUAGCGAAUCUUCCCACCGACAAAGACUACGCCCUCAUCGCCGUUGCGCCCUGGUUCUCGGCGCAAUGCACGACGGAGUACUUCGCCGCCGCGCGUAACCAUCCCACCAAGGCCUUCCUCACCUACCAGCCAGGCGACACCAACGCCAAGCCUCCAGUGCUGAACGAUGCGUCGUGGAACCUUCAGGAUGGCGGUAGUUGGCAGACGGCUAACGACUUUCCCACCUACGCCCUGUCGUCAAUAACGGGCAACAAUAUCAUGGACCAGCUGAACGAGUACUCUGGAAAUCUCAGCUCAGUGCCCCAUGCCGAUACACUGUCACAGAUCUACAACUCUUCCGACUAUGUGCGACUAUGGGCAACCGUCAGUACUGACUCCGGUGGCCAGCUCCCAAGUCUAUGGGUUUUCCUCGUCAUCGUCCUAGCAAUCCUCCUCGUCGCCGUCAGCAUCACCUCCCUCGUCAUGCACAUUAUCCAACGGAGACGGCGCAACGAUCUCCGCGAGCGCGUUCUCAACGGCCAGGUCGACCUCGAAGCGUUGGGCGUCAAGCGUCUGACAGUCUCGCAACAAGUCCUUGACAAACUUCCCAUACAUACCUACACUGCUCCUGCCGCUGCGAGUGAGCCCGAGAAAGCGACCACACUCCAGCCGCCGAAUCAAACACUGGGACUACUGCAUGCCGCUGUAGAUGCGGAAACUGGACACAAGGGGCCCCCAUUAUCCCGUCGCUCGUCUGCACCCACAGUGCCUACAUCUGGCGUGUCGGCCGCGUGGUCUCAGCCCACAUGUCCAAUUUGCAUGGACGAUUUCGAGGCCAACGAGACUCAAGUGCGCGAGCUUCCGUGCCACCACAUCUUCCACCCCGAAUGUAUCGAUACCUUCCUCCUCAGCCACUCUUCGCUGUGUCCCAUGUGUAAGCAGAGCGUAUUACCUACUGGCGCUUGUCCGGUCAAGAUUACAAAUGUCAUGGUACGGCGAGAGCGCCACAUCAAUCGCAUGCGGGCGCGCAGUGCACAUUCAGCGAGGGCCCAAACAAGCACUGCGUCUACAGCACCAGCACCGCCAACUCGGCCGCCGACGGCUUUUGGGUCGCUUGGUAGCAGGAUAGGCGGUGCCAUAUCUGGACGACGCAUCUUUAGUGCACCUGUGCGCACGCAAACACGACCACAAGAUAUCGAAAUGGCGACUACACCGCCACCAGACGCGCCAUCGCAGCAUCAAUCGACCAGUGGGCCACCUUUACAAAGCACGCAAGAUUGCAAUCCCACGCAAAAUAGACGAGAAUGGGCACGACAGCGAGCAUUGGCUAUGCUUGGUCCGCGUCAUGCGCCUGCCAGUGAUGUGGAAGAAGAAGAGAGUGUCCCGAGGUGGCGGCAGGUGUUCCGCAAGGUCUUUCCAAGUUAAUAAGCGAUUUCUUUUACCACGAUACCUCAGCAUAGUUUCGGCGCAACACUCUCAUUAACGUAAUGUACUACAAUGGCGUUCAGUAUCAUGGGAGCGGGUAUGGGAUUUCUUGGGACAGGGAGAUACCAGGGGCCACAUAGAAUAUGGCCAUCGCGUACAAUUAUUGAAUUGUGUUAUCCUCG